AAGGAAUUAAUUUGAGCCAUGACCUUAGUAUCCUGCUAUCGCAGGCAGUUACUGAGAAAUGGAAGCUUCUAUUUGCGCAAAGCCGUACCAAGGGCUCGCACAAUUGGGUUCCGCUCACUUGUAGUUCACCAGAGAAGUUUUACCAAUACCAAACCUCGAUCAGACGGUGCGGAAGAGCAAGUUAACAUUGACACAAAUGGCACGUUUUGGAAAGAAUAUAAGGACAGCUGUCAGUAUCGGCCUUUCUAUUAUUUCAUAUAUUGCUAACAUCUUCUUUACAGUCACUAUUCCAAAGUCAAGUAUCUAUCCAUUCAAUCCACGGGCCAAGAUUCGGCCAGCGAACGUUGGGCAAAACAUCACUGUUGUCGGUUUCCUGCGCAAUAAGAAGCAGCUGAGUAAAGGACUCAUAUUUGCUAGAAUAUGUACAGGGCCUUUAGCAGAUGCUGGUAUCCAAGUUAUAUUAAAGGAGAGCUCCGAGGAAGGGAAGAUCGGAGAUAUCUUCAAAAGUAUCAAGGAACACAGCGCUGUGUCUGUGACAGGAGUUUUGCAGUACAAAGUCAAAAGGCCAGAGGUUACACCCGAAUCGCAGAGGCCCAUUUCCGAAGAGCUUUCUAGUUCGGUCGAAUCAAAUCAUUCUCCAUCAGACUUUGAGAUCCAUGCUGAAGACGUGAAAGUAAUCAAUUCAUUUCCCAAGGACAUUAUUGUUGGGCCUGCACAGAAAUUUGGGCCCGAUUCAAGACAUCUUGAGGUUCGAUUCGUACCAAAUCUUUAUCAGAGAUUAAUGUUCCGGUCAAAGCUAGCUAAAAUAGUAAGAACACACUUCAAUUCCAACGGCUUCGAUGAGAUUGAGACCCCCAUCUUAUUCAAGUCAACUCCUGAAGGCGCCAGAGAAUUUCUCGUUCCUACUAGAAAGCCAGGUUAUGCAUAUGCUCUACCACAAAGUCCGCAACAAUAUAAGCAGAUUUUGAUGGCAAGUGGCGUCACCAAGUAUUUUCAAUUCGCUAAAUGCUUUCGGGAUGAGGAUCUUCGUGCGGAUAGGCAGCCAGAGUUUACCCAGGUACCGUAAUGUCCAGAUGGCACGCUCUACAUGUACUAAUACCAUGUAGAUUGAUAUGGAAAUGUCAUGGUCGGACGGUCGACGUGUCAUGAGGGUUGUUCAAGGGCUUGUAAAACAAGUGCAUAGGGUGAUACAGGAUGAACGGAUUGUAGCUGACCACGUUGAAAAUAACUUCACACGCGAAAUUCCAAGAGUGAAAUAUGAGGAAGCCAUGGCAAAGCAUGGGUCUGACAAACCUGAUCUCAGAAUUGUGGACUUGGUAAAAAAUCUAUCAUUAUUUCUUGAGCGAAGCUAAUUAUUACAGAUCCAUCGCGUGGAAACGAUAAUUCCAGAAAACCUCAAGGGAAUGCUGACCUCAAUUGAAAACCCUAUAAUUGAAGCCUGUAAAUUCCGGCUUAGCGGAAAUCCUAGAAAGGUGCAACAGUUCAUCCGCAACUUUAUGGACUCGCCAGAUGCCGAAUCCUUUCAGAAAAACCCUGAUGGUCCUCCGGGAAUAUUUGUUUUCGAUCCCAAGAGACCAUUAGAGGGUCUCCAAGCAUUUGGCUUUGAAGGUUCUGAGGCCUUGAAACAUCUAUACUCUUCUCUUCCAUCCUCUCCACAAAAACUCGUUGACCCACGAGGACCGGACGCCGCAACCACUUUUGAUGAAGGAGAUUUACUUAUCCUUCAAGCGCGUCCCAAUGCGCGCCAUUCCGGUGGUUCUACUACUCUAGGUAAACUCCGACUGGCAGUUUAUAAAGCUGCAAUCUCGGAACAGCUUCUUGCUCCUAUCCCGGGACUCCAUUAUCUCUGGGUCACAGACUUCCCUCUCUUUACACUCAAUACUAGCAAGCCAGACGAUCCUGGUCAAGGAGGCACAGCAGGGUUUUCUUCUACUCAUCACCCAUUUACCGCGCCAAAAACCGCUGCUGAUGUCGACCUCCUACUCACAGACCCACUCGCAGUCACUGCCGAUCACUAUGAUCUUGUUGUUAACGGUGUCGAACUCGGCGGUGGCUCAAAACGUAUCCAUUCAGCCGAGGUCCAAAAAUUCAUCAUGAAGAACGUAUUGAAAAUGAGUGAUGAAAAAAUGUCAGAUUUCAAGCAUUUGUUUGAGGCGUUACGAGCCGGUUGUCCAACACAUGCCGGGUUCGCUGUUGGAUUCGAUAGAUGGGUUGCAGUGUUGACAGGACAGGAGAGUGUAAGAGAUGUCAUAUUCUUUCCAAAAGGGAAUAGAGGAGAGGACGCUAUGGUAGGAAGCCCCGGGAUGAUCACGAAGGAGCAAGAAGAAACAUAUGGCUUGAGGUCUAGGUGAAGAUAGGUCACAAGGCAAUAGCAUACAUGAAGUACACGGAAAAUAGGUAAAGUUAACAUGGAAUUGCUGAUAGAAUGUACGGUAAGAGUCCUAUCAUAUCCACAUAAUUAUGACAGCAUUGAACGACAUCGAAGAUACAUUUGGGCAUUCUAGACUCCACCCACUCCCCCUGUUUAUACCACAAAAUUAAAAAUUUCCACGCACACAGGCAUAUCAAAAAGCAAAAUAUAUUUCCUGUCGCAUAUCGCGCUUACAAUAAAGCAGCUUCGGAUCAUGCAAGUUCCUCGUGCAACUCAAACG